AACGCGCACUUCCCCCAAACCCACCACGCUCUCCAUCACCCCGCUUCUCCUUCUUCCUCUAUCCCUCCUCAAUGUUCUAUUUCAUAUCAUGACGGCACCUACUAGGGAAGCCUUCCUCUUCUGAUUGCUCACUUGGAGUCGCUGAAACUGAAACCCUAAGAGAUCUGCGAUGGGUUGUUUUCUUGCGUGUUUUGGUUCAUCUAAAGAUGCGAAACGCAGAAAACAGAGGCGCAAGAUUCCGCCUCGUGACUGUGACCAACGGAGUACAACUAGCAAGCCGGAGCAAUCUUGUGUCACUUCAGUUCAGGAUCACUCCAAACCAGCCACAAUUAGCACUACAUCAAGAGUCCAGGAUCUCAAACCUGAGGAGCAGUUAAACUUCAGUACGAGGAAGAAAGUAACCUUUGAUUCUAAUGUGAAAACAUACGAGCCGGUUUUGCAAGAUGAAGUUGCGGAGCUUCACUUGGAGAAGAGUGAACAAGGUGGGAAUAAGGAAGAAGCUUUGGGGAAAUCAAGCCAAUCCAAAUCUUCCUCAGACGCUAGUUCGGUGACUUCUUCAGGGUCUUUUCCUCCGAGUAGCAGAUACCAAAAUUGCAGAGAUAGCGAUGAUGAAGAAGAAGAAAUGGAUUACGGGGUUAGUGACCUCAGUGAUGAAGACAGUGACAUAGGAGAAGAAUUCGGCGAGGACUUAGACGAUGACAUUGAAUAUUCAAGGGCAAGAACUUCUGCUGCUAAAAAGGCUGCUGAGGAGAUGAAAAGUGUAACCCGAACUGGUCCUUUGCGUGAGAGUGAAGCGAAGCCAAUUGUGACGAACCCAAAUGCUCGAGAUAGAAGUGCUUAUGUUCAUCCUGUGCUGAACCCAGUAGAAAAUCUCACUCAGUGGAAAGCUGUUAAAGCCAAAAGAACACAGCCUUCAAUCCCUCAGAAAGAGAAUUCCAGUUCCAAUCAGGAGUAUCAGAUCCCUUUUAGUUCAGAACCCAGCUUCAAGGAACGAUCUCAAGGGAUUGACUCUUCAAAGAAAUCGAAGCAGGAAAUCGCGGUUGAUGCUAGCCUUUCAAAUUGGUUGGUUUCAGCAGAAACUACACCAGUUAACAGGUCUAGUUCAGUUGCUUUGCAUGCUGGUACACCUGACAGGAGCACUUCACCAGGUUCAGUAAUAAGCCACGAAGAUAGACCCAUUUUGGGUGCAUUAACAGUUGAGGAGAUUAAGCAGUUUUCAGCUACCAAUUCACCAAGGAAGUCACCAAGUAAGAGUCCGGAUGAGAUGCCAAUUAUAGGGACUGUGGGGACAUACUGGAGUCACUCCGGCUCUUUUAAGGAUUCUUCUGGCUCUGUAUCUUCCUUUAAAGGAAUUCCUAACACCACAAGCAAGUACAGAGAGGAUAAGAAGGUGAAUUGGCAUUCUACCCCAUUUGAGACAAGGUUAGAGAGGGCUUUAAAUAGAGGCGCUGCUGAAGUUGCUGGCACUCACGUUCCAUCUGUAUUUUAGACGAUGAUUCUUUGUGUGGGUUUUGGGGUGUAUGUUGUUGUGAAUGCUCUCGCCCCCCCCCCCCCUCUUUUUUCAUGUAAUUCUUUGUGUAUUUAUCAUUUAAAGGAUAUUAUUGAGUGUGACAUUUUCUCUA